AUGAAGCGCCCGCGCUCGCCUUCACCCUCCCCCACCAGCAUGUGUCCGUCCGCCGAGCCCGCGCCCCCCAUCCCGACCCACCACCCGCCCUUCCCGCUCACCCCGCUCGAGCACCGCCUCUUCACCCUCCUCCUCGACGUCGUGCGCGAGCAGGCCCUCCCCAACCUCACCCUGCGCGUCGCCGGCGGCUGGGUCCGCGACAAGCUGCUGCGCCCGCAUGCAGACCUGGGCACCGCCGUCGAUAUCGACAUCGCCCUGGACACCAUGCUGGGCCGCGACUUUGCCGAGCGCAUCAACGCCUACCUCCUCGACCACGGCCUCCACGCCUCGUCCGUCGGCCUCAUCCAGAAGAACCCGGACCAGAGCAAGCACCUCGAGACCGCCACCAUGCGCGUCAUGGACGUCUGGCUCGACCUGGUCAACCUGCGCACGGAGACCUACUCGCACGACUCGCGCAUCCCGGACGUCGCCAUCGGCACCCCGCUGGAGGACGCCAUGCGCCGCGACCUCACCAUCAACGCCCUGUUCUACAACAUCAACACCGCCGCGCUCGAGGACCACACGCACCGCGGCUUCGACGACAUCCGCGCCCGCCUCGUCCGCACACCGCUCCCGCCACUCACCACCCUCCUCGACGACCCGCUGCGCGCCCUGCGAGCCGUCCGCUUUGCGAGCAGGCUCAACUUCUCCGUCGACUCCGCCCUCUUCGACGCCUGCCGCGACACAAACGUCCACGCCGCGCUCGGCGCCAAGGUCUCGCGCGAGCGCAUCUCGGCCGAGAUUGAUCGCUGCAUGGGCUGCGAAAACCCGUCGCAUGCCAUCGGCUUGCUCAUUGAGCUGAGUCUGUUCCCGGUCGUGUUUCGUAUCCCGCCCGAGGACGAGCUCGUCGACGAGCCGCGCCCGCCGCCAGACCUGCCCGCCCUCGCGCUCGGCGCCCUGCUCAACCUGCGCGCCUUCCCGGAGCCCGCGGGCGCCGCGCCGCUGCGGAUAGCACGGUACGCCGCCUUGCUGUCGAGUUUGGCGGCGUGCCGCUGCUUGUUUGCGGAUUGCGGGAGGAAGAGACGGCCGAACCCGGUCGUGCUGUACAUGCUUCGCGGGGAUUUGAGACUCGCGUCGAAGGACGCGGCGGAGGUUGUGGCCAUUCAUGCCACGGCACUGCAGCUCAGGGAGCUCGUGCACAGGGGGUCCGCCAGCUUGGACAGGUUGGAGAUUGGUAAGGUGCUGAGAGCGUCGGGGCCGACGUGGCGGUCCGCGCUGCAGAACGCGCUGAUCAUGGAGUUGGAACCGGCCAAGGGGUUAGAGACGUAUCGGAAUGGGGUGGACGGGAUUCGAGUCGAGCUUUCGGAUGAGAUGAAGGUGCUGGCGAAGGCUUAUGAUGAGUUUGGGAAGAGGAUCGAGGAGAUGGGGUUAGAUGGCGUGUGGGAGGUGAAGCCGGCUGUUAAUGGAAAUGAGCUGAUGAAACUGCUGCCGCGGUUGAGGAAAGGGCCGAUGAUUGGAACUAUUAUGGAGGAGCAGAUUGACUGGAUGAUCAAGAACCCCAAGGAGGGCGCCGAUGGCGUAAGAGCCUGGCUCGUAGAGAAGUACGCAGAGCUGGCAAAUACUUAA